CAUUCUUUGUCUCCCGCCCCUGGUAACUUCGGACUUUCAUACUGUUGACCUCGUUUUUGGAUCUCCCCAUUGGCUUUGGCGACUUCGGAAAUGCCCACGGCUUUCAAGAAGUGCGACAUUUGCAAGGGCAAGAUGCCCGUCCAGGACCCGCACUCCACCUGUCUGCUGUGCCUGGGUCCAAACCACGACCCGAAGGCUUGCGCGCUCUGCAGAUCACUCUCCUCUCAGGCUCGGAAAAACCGUGAGUCCCGGCUGACUUCGGCGAUCGCCCUGGGAAAAUUGCAGGAGAGGGGUUCGCGGGCCUCUUCCCUACCGCCUCUGGCGCCCCCCGCUUUGUCAUCUCGGGCGAGUGUCUGCAGCGUGGGAUCGGGGAGAGCUGCCGUCCCCAGUGUGGUGUGUGUCCCGGCCGGGACCCCUUCCACCACCUCCGAUAUGGCCCGUGGCUCCAAACCGCCCAGUGCCACCGACAAACCCUCCAAGCGCCCCCAUAAGCCAUCGGGGACUGAGGGUACCGAGCGGGCCUCCAGACCGAAGGAGGGACCGGAGGGCUCCCGUUCGAAGGAGGCUACCGAACCGGAGGUCCAUCUCGCCUCGCCUUCGUCCUCCAAGGCAUCCAAGGGAUCGCGCCAUGCGAUGCCUAGGGAGCGCACCGAACCGGCGCAAGGGUCAAGGUCCCCGAGGCCUUCGUCCUCGACAGCGGCUGCUGUCCUCCUGGACCUCCCGGACAACCCAUUCUUCCCAUCGGAGGAGACUCCCAGGCAUGGGAAGAAGAGGCACCAUGACAAGGCCGAUCGUGAUCCGGCCCCUAAAAAGGCCAAGCCCUCCAAGGAUCGGGCCGACCCACCAAGAGCGAAGGACAAGGAACGCUCCCCUUCCAAACAGGCUCGCGCCUCCGUCCCGUCAGCUCCAUGCAACCAGGAGCCGACGCCGGGAGACGAAGGGACCCCGGUCACACCUCUGCCUCCUCCGACCAUGGACUUCAUCCACGGGGCGGAUGACACCGCGCCUCCUCGCUCUCCGGAGCAUCGGUCGCCUUCCCAACCGGCAACCGAUGAGGAAGAGGACGCGUCCCGCGGACAGGAGAUUCCGGACCUCUUCUUCGACAUGCAGUUGCGCCGCUACUACAUGUCGGUUCCGGAGGACAGAGCCCUGAGGGAGUUCACUAAGCUGAACCCCCAUCCCGCUGACCGGGCCAACCCGACCACAUCGGUCCCCACCGUGUCGGUCUACGAGAGGUCACCAUCUCCUAGACGUGAGACGUCGCCGUCUCCAUCCCGUGGGCGCGGGAGGUCGCCGUCUUCACCCCGUAGACGCGACAGGUUGCCGUCCCCACCCCGCCGACGCUCCCGGUCUUCAGUGGACUUGGCCCGCCCGAGGUCCCGGGUCAGGGUGACGGACCCUCUCUCCUCUGACCUGGACUCCGAGGACGAACUGCUGCCACCUUCGGAGGCACCCUCGGACGAGGAUGUCCUCUCCGGCUCGGCCUCCCCACAGAGGAUGCACAACCCGGA